UGUGUUUUAAUAGUCUUUAGAAUUGAUAUAGUUUCAAAGAUACGGUACACGUGAAGUGGUGGUAACCAUCGGCUUGGUUUUGUUUCGUACGACUAUACCUUUUUUGUAACUAUAGAUGUACUGCAGUUUUGAUGUGAACGAAAAUGCCGGACGAAAACAUCUGUACGGACGUGAAAUCUAUUUUAGACCGGUUGGAAAACAAUGGUUUGCAGAACUACAUAGUGAGAUCACAGGAGUAUCAAAAAUUACUUAAUGCUUUGGGUAAAGACGCGGUAUUGAGCGUUUCGGAAACCGACAAGUUGUUGGCAAUAUGUGCACGGGACUUAAAAGAGGAGCUGCGGUACGCCGCCACACUCAUGAAUAUUAUUUCUAUCAUAGUGACCAGAGUACAGAGAGGCAAUUACAACCAAUGUCCAAACCUGGUACCAUCAGCUUUAGCAGUGAUUCACAUAAUAACAACUAUAGCUUUACACAGCAAAGUGGAUACUCUGAAACAGUUGUGUUAUGAUACACUGCUCUCAUUCCCUGAUGAAACUAUUGCAGCUCUUGCAGAUCACCAUGAACAAGUCAUGGAAAUCUUCAAUCUCUACUGCCAUGUCAGAAUACCCAGUAAAAUUAAAUUCCAGGCAUGUGCUAUACUACACAAAAUAUUAAAAUUACUGGAACCCGAAAAGAAGGCACAGUUUGUGGAGAAAGGGAUAUCUGUUUGGUUUUCAAAGAUAUUUCCUACUCUAAUGAACAGCUUGGCUUUGGAUAUGACAGAACUAGACAUGACUGUAGAAAUAUUGGAGAAUUUAACUGAAGAACUGGUGGCAUUCGAUUACACUGAAAAUCUCCAGUGGCACUAUAUUUUAGAAUGUAUCUGCAAUCCACAGAAGUAUCCAACAAUAAUGAAAAAUUUACUGAUACAUAAAAGUGGUAUCUGGCACAGAGUUUGGAUGGUAUACAUUAAGCUACUUAAACAUCAAAUCACACAAGCAAUGGGCAGCAUUGGUACUCCAAUAAAUUCAAUGUUACCAGUUGUUGAAGCCGCAUUCAAACUCGAUGUGGACAACAGAUGUAAGGCAUUUGAAUGCUGGAUGGUUCUCAUUGACAGUUUCUCAACUGAAACAAAUGAAAGCAACAUUAACAAAAGGAUCAAACUAUUAAUCAUCCCGCUCAGGUCAAAUAAUGCUAAAGCUGAGGAAACUGCUCUAGCCAAGUUUAAGUGUUGGUGGCAUUUAUUAGAGAAAUUCCAAAACAAAAUAGAUAAAUUCAUUGACACAAUUUUGGUCACAUUCUUACAUUUCUGCUUUGGAAAGCACAAUGCCACGGAUAAGACUAUUAUUGUGCCUGGACAAAUAUCACUGCCACUGAAAAAACUGUGUAUUCAGGCUAUUGUAGACUUGGUGGGUCAUGUUAAUUGUGACGGAUGCACAGAAUUGCCUAAACUAAAAGGAAAAAUGAUAAACACUAAGAAUUUAGUGGAUAAUUGGAAUCACUGGAUCUUUUCAUUGACUUCGACCAUAAUGAUGUCUGCAAAUUCAGACGAAGGCUUGACAAAACAGCAGAUGACUUGUUUGUGGAAGUCAUUCCUCUUGACUAUUGGUGAACUGCCAGAAAACACCAUACGAAAAGAUUUGUUCUCUGAAAUGUUGUCCAUAUUAGUACAUUUGGUGCAGGAAUGUAAAAAUAACAGCAAGCUGACGGAUAUAGUAUUCAAUGCUUUACUCGUGUCACUUUUUGAUGGAGAUGCAAGGAUCAAACAACUAAUGAAGUCAAAGAAUGAUGUCACUCAUCCACUUUGUAAGAUCACAUCAGCUUUACUGAAUCCUGCAUUGCAUCUUGCAUAUCAAAGUUGUACCUUCAAAGAGAUGGUAACAAAACUGUUGCCUCUAACAAACAUGCUGUUAGACCCAGCUUACUGCUCGCCAACAUUUGCCAUAGGAUACAUUUUAAAGAACUUGACUGCCACAGAUAUUUCUUUGACAUUCUGGACUGCGUUGUCGGAAUCAAUCUGUGAAACACAAUAUGACAUUUGUGCUCUAAGCCUGUGUAACAUCAUGAUGUGGCCAUUGGAGAGGGUGCAAUCGUUUAAAAAUGUUGACGUUGCAGCCUUAACAUGGUACACAAUGCAUGACAUAUUUCAUAAGAAACUCAAGAAAACUGAUGUCUUCCCCUCAGCUUUAUCAGAAUUUCUGAACAAUUCUGCAGAUAUGACACAUUCCUAUAUAUUUUUCAAACUGUGUGUUCUACUUGGUGUUAUAAAACACAAACUGUCUCAGGAGGGUUGUGCAUCAGUGGAAAAAGAGAUGGAGCUUCUACAUGUGUUGACUGGUCGCAUUAAUUCCUAUCAGACCUAUGAAAAACUGUUUCCAAUACUUAUUGAUAGAGUGUUGGGUGUAUCGACCACAAUAGGGAGUGACGUCAAUGAAAUUGUAGCUCGAUAUACUCUGUUUACUAUGAGGAAAAUACUGAAAAUUUUGAUCCAAGCGACCAAACAGACACCUGAGGCCAUAGACAUACUGUCAUAUGUUGAAAGGUCAUUGCAUGACUUAACUCUUCUGUUUCAAUCUGAGCUAUAUCACAAACUUAUACCAGUUAUUGUUGAUGAGUUAAUAGACAUAUCCACAUACCUUUUAAGUCAGUCCUUAUUGAAAAAUACAGUUAUUUCUAUGUUGAAGACUUUGUCACUUAAAAUAGUGGAAACAGAUGCAACAUUUAAAAAAAUAAACGCAAUAUUAGAAGAUUUGCAUAAAGAAAAGAGCCCAAGUAAGAAUCAAGUGCCUGAAGACAUUACAUUCACAGCCCCUAAGUCAUUAGAUAUUACUAUAACAAAAAAGGUUAAGAAAAAAGAACCAAGUAUAGUAAAUACUGUUGUGGAAAAUGGAGAAGAAUAUGUUGUAGUGAAGUCCAACUGGAAAUUUAAUCCAAGAAAAUUAACAGAAAACCAAAAAGAAAAAUUGCAAAGGAAAAGAGAAGAUAUUCCAGCUUUGUAUCAAGAUUUAUCACAAUCGCAGGACGAAUUUAAACUUGUGUCCUGGAAGACAGACUCACAAGACACUUCCAACAGCAGUAAAUCAGAAAGUAAAUCUUCAAAGUUAGGAAAUGAUGAGACCGCUACGGUAAUACUUUCGAAGUUACCAAGUUCGAAUGUUGUGCCCACUAUACUAGAAAACUUCUUUGCUGAAAAUAAAAAGAAGGAUAGUUCCCCCAGUACUAAAGAUGCACUACCAACAAAAGAAGCUGCUAAAGUUGACCCAACAACACCACAAAGCACUAAAUCACCAAGAAUGGCUUUAAAAGACCGCGUGUUUCGUAAUGUAAGAAAUUUAAUAGAAAAGUCAGGAGUACAAAAAGAGAACAAGGAUGCAUCUGACGAUCUCAACAAGACAGACAGGGCCAUAAUAAAAACUCCCACUCAGUCCAAAAGUAAUGAUACAGCCAAUGUCAUUAAUUCUGCUCCUCCAUUACUGUCUGCUGAUAGGCCAUCAAGAGUUAAAAGAAAGCCUAGAAAAUUUGAAGAGCUUAUGUCAUUAAAUGCUAAAAAGAAACGCCAGUCUUUACAAAAUAUUAAAUCAACAGACUUGGGCAAACAAUCUACAUCUGAGUCGACUUCUUCAAAUGACGCUACAGAUAAAGACGAAAGUGUAAGUAAAGAAGAUUCAUCAAUGGUUCCAAAAGCUGACCUCGAGAAAGCAAAUAAAUCUGAUGCUGUACAAGUUCUUGAAAAUCAAAAUAUUUUGGAUAAAGGUGAAGUUAUGGAAAAUAAUAAAGAGGAUGUAACCACAGUUACUGAAACACAGAUUACUGAAAGUAUAAGUGAAGAAAACUGCGUUAGUGCUGAUGCACCAACAAACAUGGAUAUUGACAGUAAUAAGAAAACUUCGAAUUCAAAAGAAUCCGAUAACUAUAGCGAUAAUGGUACCAGAGUUAAUGAUAUACCGGUGAAUGUUAACAAAAAGGAGAAAAAAUCGAAAGAAAAUGAAACUUCUCCUAUGAAAAAGGAUGAGAAAAGUGGCAAUAAAAAGGCAAGGGACGUGGUUAGUCCGAGCAUCAAAGAGAUUGAAACCGUUAACGAGGACAAAGAAACCAAGAAAAAUGACAAUUCUAAUGUCAAUCAAAAACAAAGCUCUCCUAUCAAAAAGAAAAGAAAUUCAAACGAAAAAGAAGAUAAGAGGGAAGAAGAAACAAGUGAAAAAGAAGAUCAAAAUGUAAGUGAAAAACAAGAAAGUCCUGUCAAAAGUGGUAAAAGACCAUCAACGCCAACUGUUAACAAAAAUAAAAUUGAUGAACCAAAAUCAAGUACUAAGAAGCCUAGAAAAUCAAGGAUUGAGAAAGAAUUAGCAAUAGACAUGGUAGAAGGACAUCCAUUCUUAAAAAUGCAGUCUCAAAGUCGUGUGACUAGAAGAGCUUCAGAAGCUGUUACCACUGGCAGGAGGAAGACUUUACUUGAUAAGUUGAACAAAUCAAAAUCGGAUCCAAACACUCCAGCUAAAGGCGAGAAAAAAACUAGAGAGAAAAACAAAGAUGGUAAAGACAAAAGCGAAAGUGAUAGUUCGAGCUCCUCGGUCACUGUUGAAGAUACCCAAGAAAGAGACACAGGAAGUAAAGAUACUUCUUUCACAGAUGAACUGCCAUAUUCCGAUGAUGUUAUUGAGAGCUCGCAAGAUUCGACAAUAACAACCAUAUCAGUUAAGUCAACUAAAAAGACUGGUGUGAAAGUCCCUGUUGUGGCUUUAGAAAAAAUAAAGCUCAUCCCAGAUCAAUCUGACAAUGUACCUGAAUCACAGAGUAUAUUAGAUACCGUAGUUGUGCGUAAUGCUGGGCCUUCAAAAGAUAAACAAGACAGUAGAGAUGAUAUAGAAUUGUCCGUGAAUAAAACUGCUGUUGAAGACCAAACACAGGCAGAUCUUACAGAAAACAUGGAUACGGAACCUAUUGACACAGAGUAUUCAGAUGUUGUAAUCGUAAUAGCUGAAGAGGUUCCGCCUCCUCUAACAAUUAGCAGUGACGAAUCACACGUAGGCCAAGCAACACAAGAAAUUGCUGAAGCUGACACCCAGCCAACUAAUCCUAAUGACUUUAUGGAAGUCGAUGUUGUGAAUAAGACUAAGAAUGCAAGUGUGACUGUUGCAGACAGUGACACUUGUAGUUCCGGCCUCAAAGACGACUCUUUGACUAAAGAACAAUCAAUUCAGGAAAAGCCAAAUUCACCUUUAGACAACACCACAUUAACGUUACCUGAGUCGGUGGUUAUUGAGCUAGAAACAGAGGGAGGAGCUUCAUCCCCCUCGUCAUUUGGUGAUGAAGCUAAGCGAAAACAAGAUUUCUUGAAUAAUACUCUAGAGAUAUCACCAAUUAAAAAUAUGAGUCCCGAUAGAAAUAAGAAAUCACCGUCUCCAGAAACUAGCACUGAUUAUGUGGUUAUAACGUUGUCCUCGCCUGUGCACAGUAAUGGAGAACCCUUUGAAAAAUGUACUUCUCCUGAAGUUUUUACUGAGGACAAGAUUUCCCCUGAUAAAAGGGAUCAGUCGCCGCCCAGAGUAGAAGUAACUGUGACUAGCACUAGUCCCAGCUCUUCUCUAUCGCUAAAGAAGAAUAGACCGCAAGUGCGUUCUGGAGGACGGGCGGCGCAAAUGUUAGGAUUAUGCUGCGUACCUGAUAAAGCUAUUAUUAUAAACCAAGAAAAGACUGACUCUGAAGAAAUUAAGAAGCCUAGUACAUCAAGUACACCUGCUAGAAGAAAUUUACGAAUGUUAUAUAAUUCAGUUAGUGAAAAUAUUGAACCUCCCAGUGAAAAUGAGGACAGUGAGCAAUUCCUUAAGUUUAGACGAUCGCUCCCUGCGGUAGACAGCAGUCCAUCAGGACCGAUAUUAAAGAGGAAACUUGUAGAGAUUUCCGAUGAGGCUACAGUUUCACCUGCCAGCAAAAGAAAGAGAGUGAGUUUCCACGACCCGCCAGUAUCAACUACAGUAUCAGUACAGAAAUACAUUGAACCAGGUGGUGUACGAUCGCCAUCGAAUUCUAUGCAUAAACGUCUUGAAAGACAGCUACGACAACACACACCCAUGAAAUCACCCAAAAGACUAGAAAAUGCAUUUAAACUAGAAACAGUACUAAACACGGUACUAAAUAAAGCCAUUGAAAGUUUCGCGGAUACUCCAGUAUCUGUAAAUACUCCCGAUGACACCCAAGUAUCCUCUCUAGACGAGACACCAGUUGUUGAAAUUGUGAGAGCUAGUGAGUUGAAUGACAGUGAUCCAAUUUACCCCGAUUUGGUAGAUUGUAAGGAUCCCAUAGAUAACAUUGCGGGCGAACUGUCGUCUCCAGUUAUGAAGUCGUUGCUUGUUAGAGAAUUAUUAGGGAAGGUGGAGACAGUGGGUGACUUGGCAAAGAUGACAGAACUUGAAGUAAACAGGUUGCGCAUUAAGGCGCCUAAGAUUAAAGUGGCGAAGAAAGUGUUGUCAGACUAUGCUUCUAAGAGGGUGGAGAAAGCUCAGUGUGAAGUGGCGGUGGUCACAGUGGAAGAGGUGCCUAUGUCAGAACCUGAGGUAACGGGCGUGGGGAGCGCUGAUAUGGAAGUACAGACGGUCGCCAACGUGUCCGUAGAUAUGGAGAUGCAAACAGUUGAGACACCCAUUUCUGUUACUUAUGUACAGACCGAGACUACUGCAACUACACACGCAGUUGUGCAGACAGACCAAUCAGGCAGUACUUCAACUGCAGAUAUUGUUAAAUCCUGUUUAGAAGAGAGACCAGACUUCGUGAAACAAGUUAGCAAACAAUUAGAAGAUACUUCUAAGCAAGAAAUAACUGAAAAGUUAUCAGUUAGUGCUAUAACUGACGUGUUAGUAAAGAAGAUCAGUCCAAAAGACGCCAAGUCACUUUUGAACAGAGUGUUGGAAAGUCAGUGGAAUAAAACCUCGAACGAAAAGCGCACUAGUAAAGAAUUAUCAUUUAUUCGAGAAUUUAUGUGUGAGAGGUUUGACUCCAAAGAUUUGAUACUUUUCUGUAGCGAGGUACUGAAAUCUGUAUAUGAUAAGCCUGCUUUGCCUAAGUUUUGAUGCUUUUAUUGUAGAGCUGUUUAUGUUUAUGUUUGGCCACGUACGGCUUCGUGUUGAUGGCGGCCUCACCGGCUUGCACGACUGUUUGUAUUAUAAUAUACAAUUAGCACUUUUUACCAAAACGUGGAUCGCAUCUGGUCGCCAUAGUUACGACGUGACAUCACUAUGAUCGCUUCAUGCAUUUUACAAAGACCUGCGAUUGUUUAAAGUAAGCGUCCAUAGGCCCGCAUCGUAUGCAUCGUACGCAUUUCGUUUGACGUUAGUACGCAUCGCAUGUAGGCAUUGCUGAUGAUGUGGUCCGUACGAUGCGGAUCAGUGGACGCAGUUGUAUGAGUUUCUAUACAAGACAAACUAAAAUCCGUUGCGUGCGAUGCGUACGAUGCGGGCCUGUGAACGCGUACCUUUAGCCUCCUAUGUAACGUUAAAUCUCAUUUAAUGUAUAUGUUUAUCCUAUACACCAGUAUCAAGUUGUAUUGUGAUGUGUGUAUGUGUAUGUAUUGUUGUAAUGUAUGUGUUUAGAAAGUCGCAUAUUGUUCGUUGAAUGCGAUGUUUUAAUUAUCGUAAUAUUAGUAUUAGUUAAUUCUUGUACCUAAUUGUGAUAGAUAUAUUUGAAUUCGGAGAUAAUUCAAUAAAAACACGAAGAUAAUAAAACUAUUUUUUAUUUAAUGUAAAACAGGUAAUAUUUACAUUAUUCAGUCAUGAUGAGCGACCGCUAGCGGCCACAAACAUUAAAUUCUUACAUAACACACGGAACAAACACUAGAGUCACUUGCUGUUAUCACCACAAAUGCAAUGACAGAACAUGCCAUGACAGACGACAUAUUAUAAUUUUAUGUAUUUGUAAGACAUACGAGUAAAAUAUUAGUUGUAGAAUAGCAGUAAAUAUAAUAGAUAAGAGAGAUGGAACAUGGCAUCGAGAUAUAUUAUCACAACUAAUAUUUACAGCAACCCAUAGGUAGGUAAUGGUUAAAGCUUUAUUUGUAAACGAAGACUUAAAAUGUUUCAUAUAUUGGCACAAUAUUAACUUUGUUUUGGAAACUGUUCGGUAGUUGUACUGUCGAUUUUUGUAGGUAAAUUUUAUUAUACAUAAUAGUCAAUUAAAAAAUCGCAUGGAAAAGUAAAUUAACAAUGCGAACUUAUUGUAACCACCGAUUGUUGAAUCUUUAAAUUAUAAUGGAUAGUUAUUAAAAUGCAAAUGCACCAGUUUCCAUAAAGUUAUUAUUGCGCCUUUGCCUUACACACUUAUUUACACACCCUCUUAUAUAUCACCCAUCCCAUUUUUAUAUCACACUAAAAAGACGUUUUUAUUAUAAUAGACCUUAUUGUUGCCAAAUUAUGUUUGAUUGUUGCAAGUGCUGACUGAUUUGCUAGAGUAGUUAUUCGCUUAAGUUGUAGGAACUAGUUAUGUUGUAAUAAAUUAUUUUAUAAAGAA